CUUUUGCUCACUGUGACAGCAAAGCGUGACACUGGAAACCACAAGCUGGGACUUACCAAGUGGCCUCUGGUCUUUUUUUACUGCAUUUCCUCUCUUUUUGUCUUAUCAUUUUCCAAGGAGGAGGCAUUUUCACUGACAGCUUCUUGAACAGCUCUGGGACAACAUUUUUCUGAGGAGGCAAGCUCUUGGCUGUAAUACUUCAUUGCAGUCAUGGCCCCUAAGAAGAAGAAUGUGAAAAAGAACAAAUCAGAUAUCAAUGAAAUGACUAUCAUUGUGGAAGAUGGUCCCCUCAGUAAACUAAAUGGCUUGAAUGGACUCUUAGAUGGAGGAAAUGGUUUCAGCUGCAUUUCAUCUGAAGUUGCUGACCCAUUAUAUAGUCCAAAUCUCUUGGAAGGUCUAAGCAGAAUGAGACAAGAGAAUUUUCUUUGUGACUUGACUAUCAGUACCAAAACAAAAUCCUUCAGCGUUCAUAAGGUUGUGAUGGCUUCAAGCAGUGACUACUUUCACAACAUCUUAAAGAAAGAUCCAUCCACUCAAAGAGUGGACCUCAACGAUGUAUCCCCAUUGGGUCUAGCUACUGUUAUUACCUAUGCUUACACAGGAAAGCUUACUCUCUCACUUUAUACAAUAGGUAGUAUUAUUUCCACAGCGAUUUAUCUGCAGAUUCACACCCUUGUAAAGAUGUGCUGUGAUUUUCUAAUUCAAGAAAUCAGUGUUGAGAAUUGUAUGUACGUUGCCAAUAUUGCAGAAACAUAUGGACUAAAAGCAACCAAGGAAGCUGCGCACAAAUUCAUUAGAGACAACUUCAUUGAAUUUUCAGAAACGGAUCAGUUCUUAAAACUUACCUUUGAUCAGAUUAACGAACUUCUUGCAGAUGAUGACUUGCAGUUGCCUUCUGAAAUUGUUGCAUUCCAGAUUGCAAUAAAAUGGCUGGAAUUUGACCAAAAAAGAGUAAAGUAUGCUGCCGAUCUCUUAAGUAACAUCCGUUUUGGUACCAUCUCAGCCCAAGAUCUUGUCAAUUAUGUUCAGACUGUCCCAAGAAUGAUGCAAGAUGCAGACUGCCAUAAGCUCCUAGUGGAUGCCAUGAACUACCAUUUGCUUCCCUAUCACCAGAAUACACUUCAGUCCAGAAGAACAAGGAUCCGUGGAGGUUUCAGAGUCUUAGUUACUGUUGGGGGGCGCCCUGCUCUAACAGAAAAGUCUCUUAGCAGAGACAUCUUAUACAGAGAUCCUGAAAAUGGAUGGAAGAAGCUGAGUGAAAUGCCAGCUAAAAGUUUUAACCAGUGUGUCACAGUGAUGGAUGGAUUUCUUUACGUGGCUGGUGGGGAAGACCAGAAUGAUGCCAGGAACCAAGCCAAGCAUGCAGUCAGCAAUUUCUGCAGAUAUGACCCUCGUUUCAACACCUGGAUUCACCUGGCAAACAUGAAUCAGCGGCGCACCCACUUUAGCCUGAAUGUGUUCAGUGGCCUCCUUUAUGCAGUAGGUGGCCGCAACUCUGAGGGGUGCCUCUCCUCGAUUGAGUGCUACGUGCCUGCAACCAACCAGUGGCAGAUGAAGGCACCCCUGGAGGUGCCCAGGUGCUGCCAUGCCAGUGCAGUGGUGGAUGGUCGGAUCCUGGUCACAGGAGGUUACAUUAAUAAUGCUUACUCUCGCUCGGUGUGCAUGUAUGACCCCAGUAAAGAUAGCUGGCAGGAUAAGUCCAGCCUCAGCACCCCAAGGGGGUGGCACUGCGCAGUGUCCCUUCUAGAGAGGGUCUAUGUUAUGGGUGGGUCUCAGCUAGGGGGGCGAGCUGAAAGGGUCGAUGUACUCCCUGUGGAGUGUUACAGUCCUUACACAGGGCAGUGGAGUUACGUGGCGCCACUUCAAACUGGAGUUAGUACAGCUGGUGCCUCCAUCCUUAACGGGAAAAUUUACUUAGUGGGUGGCUGGAAUGAAAUUGAAAAAAAAUAUAAGAAGUGCAUUCAGUGCUAUAACCCAGAUCUCAAUGAAUGGACAGAGGAAGAUGAGCUGCCUGAGGCCACUGUGGGUGUAUCCUGUUGUACCAUAUCCAUGCCCAGCACCAAGACGAGGGAGUCCAGGGCCAGCUCAGUCUCUUCUGUCCCAGUCAGUAUUUAAAUACGGGUCUAACCAGCAAUAUGUAAAAAUGUUUACCAGCACAGCAGUAUGAUUAACCCUUUAAGUAGCAUUUUUGUGCUUACAUGGGAAAAAAUAAUUGGCUUUGCAAAAGUUUUAACAGUGCAAAUUGACAAAUUUUCAUGGUCAUGCAGGUGGUAUGAAACAGCAUAUCAGGGUUAAGAUUAAUUUCUUAGCAGGAAGAGAGAGUUAAUCCAUAAUCCCAUAAAUGCAGACUUUCAUUCUCUUCCUGACUUUACCACUGACUUAGUGUACUAUCUGUGGCAAAUCAUUUCAUUUUGUUGUGCCUUGGUUUCCUCACCUGAAAAAUAGAGAUAAACUUGCUUUAGAGAAUUGUUGAGAGGCUUUUUAAAUACUGAGUUUGCAAUGCUUGCAGAACCCCAAAUGGAAAUCAAAUAUUGCUAGUAAUAAAUCUCAACAUACAUCAGAAAUGUGCCAUGUCUUCAUAAAAUUGAUCAGGUUUGUUCUUUUCUAAACAUAUUCUAUUUUGACAAAUGGAAGGAAAAAAAAUAGCAUAUGGCAUGUGCAUACUUUCCUUCCGGGCCAGUGGUAUUCACAAGAAAUUUCUCAAAACAUUUUCUCCUUCAGAAGUUAGAUCCCAUGAGAUUCUGCCAUGAAACCCUUUAAUUCUCAUAUCUAAUGCUGUGUCAUGACUUUCAGGAUCCGAAUCCAACAAAAUCCAUCUUAGUUCAUGAAAGUGCUAUGGGCCAGCCCCAAGGGCUGUCUUGGGUGCCAGACUGCUCUCUUGACCUCCAUGUGUACAUCAAGGAACAUCAUCUCCUCCUCAUGCCAGGCAGACAUUCCUGUCAUUACAGGUAGAAGGCAAGUCAGUAUGUCUUCAGUCUGUCUUCUCCUGUUCCUACUCUUCUCAUCUAUGUAGGAAUGUACCUGUGGCUUUUCUUCUUCUCCGGGAAGGCCCUCACCAAUGCAAGGAUCUAGGAGCUGUCACAGCAGAGGCAAAACUUGGAAGCUGAGUUCAUACCAGUAGGCACCAAGGGCUAAUGGUGUCUGAGCUUGGAGCAGAUGCACAAAGCCUCUCUGUCACCCAGUAUUAUACUGGCAAAUAACAGUGGAAUGAGGAACAAAGAUGGAAUAAGGACUGCAGGAUUUGCCUUUAAGGAUAGGAUAUGUGAGGGAAACAGCAAAUCAUGUGAAAACUGGAUGAAGUUAAAUAGACUUUCCUUAAUAGGAACAAAGAGAUACCUUAACACCUUUCUUACCAGGUGUAGGCACUACAUCACCCAAAGUAAUCUCCUCCUAAGCAUACCAGUAUGUACCUCCUUUUGAAGCUUUCAGUCCUAUUUAUGGAGGUUUUAUUCACAUUUAUCCAAAGGCUAGACUAAUGGUGUGCCUAUUGAAGUCUGUGAAGUUCUCCCAGGGAGUACAGAGAAGUCUUUGCUCAAUUUAGAUUAUUUUCAAGAACUUUUCUUCCUAAAUUCAGCAUGUAGUGGGGGAAUUAAGCAUGAAACCUAAUCCUAUUCCCUUAGCAGAAGAGAUAUGGAGUCUGUAAUGUCCCCUGAGAAUCUGAUACCGAAGGACUGCUGUCAGCACAAAAUGUCUACAUCCUUCUAUUUGGGAAGGAAAGAAGCAAUACAAGGAACUGUAAUGAUUUAAUAUAUGUAAAAAGGUAGAAGUUCACUGUCCUUAACAUAUUCAUAGAGGCUUCACACGCAGUUUCAUCAUAUUAUCAUUGACACCCCCAGGCCCUGAUGUCAAUGAGAAGGCAUGCUUUUAGCAAUAUUUAUAAGGCAGACAAAUUUUUAUCUCAUAUGCAAAAGGGGAAUGCUAUAAAAUUGUCUGUAAACACAGAUGUUGAGGCAAGCAUCUUCAGGACUCAUGCUCUGCUCUGUAGCUUUGUCGCAGCUACAUAUUGAGCAUCAGCAUUAGCAUGACACAGCAUUAGAGAUGAAGUAAUUCACUCAGUUACUGAGAUUAAACUCCAUGGUACAUGGUCCUGUUUUCCAGUUCUAACUAAGUGUUAAUAUCUGCAUCCUGACUACACAAUUUUAAAUCCUACAUUCUGCUUUUGAGUACUGCAUAUUAUUACAAUAUAAUGCAACUCAAUGACUUUUGGUCAGAGUAGCAAUGUCGUAUAGUUUUGUUUAAUUUAAUUAGCAUAAAGUUAUCCUUUAUCCCAUUGAAUUCAAAUGAAUAAUAAUUCAAACCCACAAUCACAGAACAAAACAUGGGAUUAUGUAACAGAGUAAGAUUACUUUGGGUUUAAUAUGAAAAUGCUGUUCUUGCCCAUUCCAGUCACCAAAAGCUUCCUGUGGAUGAGAACAAAAUUUCUCUUUUCCCAAAGCUGUGCCCAUGUGUUCCAUAUAAAAAUAUUUAGGAAACUCUUUAAAAAAUCCAUCUGCUCCUUUUUUCCUUUUUUGAAAUUUUAAUACUGUUACAUGAAGUAGCUUAUCCAGUCAGUCCAAUCUAGACACCUAUACACAUAUCCAAUUAUAACUGUAUACAUACUCCAGCUAUUUAGUGUUUCAAGGUACCCAUGAGAUGGUAUUUAGGAACUGAAGAAACAAUUAUUUUGGCCUCAAAUAUCCUUGGAUGAAUCUGUCAUAAACAAGUGUCUCUUUUUCCCUUUAGGAAUUCAGUUCCAAAAUUAUAUGAGUAGUCAAACAUUGCUGCAUACUCUCUUAUUUGUGAGCCAACACUUCCUAUACAUCAACAACCAUCUUCUGUUUCUGAGUAGAAAGUUAUUUGUGAGUGAUGGGCUAAGUGCAAUGAAACUACUCUCUUACUACUUAAAGGGUUAAAAGCACUGGGGGCCAAAUCCUUCUCAUCUCACUCAGAAAAAAGUUCCAUUGACUUCAGUGGGACUACUGAAUAAGGUGUACAGGAUUUCGAACUCUUGGCCAAAUUCUGGCAGAACAGUAGAUACAGAUGCCUUGCCAAAACUGUCAUACCCAGAAGGAAAGCUGCUCUACAGCCCCUACUGCCCUUGGCCGUGACAAAUCCAUAAAGACUUGUCCUAGGAUAGGAGCCAAGUACACUGGCUAUGUGUUCUUUCUAUAGCAGAAAUUAGGCACACACUUCAGGCCAAAAAUUGUAGGUAGGUUAAUAAAUGGUAUUGUUAUCAGUACAGCACUUUAGGGUGACUUUAUAUUAUUUUCUCUAAACAUCUGUUUAGGCUUCAGCUGCACGUUGAGCCAGGAUUUGGACCUCAAUAUGUGACAAUAUUAGCUGGACUUAGUAUUAUUUUGAUCAUACCAAUGUAUUCAGCUAUUUGUGACAUUUUUAUGUACAAUCUUGUUUUGUUAGAACUGUGAAAAAUGGUUUGUGUGUUGUGUUUUAUUGUCCAGUACGGUAUUUGCAAUCUCCAGGUGUUUUAAUAACAACAUCUCAGUUGAACUUCAAAUAUUGUAUAUCCCAAAAAUAAAUUUUGAAAUGCA